AUGGUUGGCUCUGGUAACAGCUAUGACACCAGCCUGAAACUCUCAGCCGUCUUUAAGCUCCAUUAUCCCGUGAACAGAAACAUUUCUUCUAGUGUUGUUAGCGGGAUGAUUGAGAGCUUAGAUUCACCUGAAGACCCGAAUCACUUUGAUUCAAUCUCAAUAUUAGGCUAUGCUCCAAUUAAUUAUAGCUAUACCCAGAUGCCCAGAGCUCGAGAUUCUCGCUCCAAAGUGAAGGUUCCUAUAGGAUUGCUUGGGUUUGAACCAAGUGAUGCUCGUAAUUACCUUCCAAGAUUAAUAGCAGGCCAGUAUCCGUUGAAAUACGGGAGUGACUGCUCUUCUGGGAAUUGUGGCACUCCAUUUUCGAAUAAGAACGGUCUCGGUGUUUUGCCAACCUUUAUGAUUUUAGACCAGGUUUUCUGUUCUGAAAAUGGCAGUGUACAUAUGUCUAUACGCUUCUCUAAUACAGCUUCCAAUAAUUAUCUCAAUAGCUUGAUUCCUGGAAAUUCUUUAGUUGCUGAAGGGUACUGGGAUUGGGAAAAGAAGCUCCUUUGCUUAGUAGCCUGUCCGGUGCUAGAACCAAAAGAUUAUCUAAAAGAUUCAUCAGUUGGUGAAUGCACAAUUGGAUUAACCUUCAUGUUUCCUUCCGUCAUCACAAUUGAUAAUCCAAGCGACAUCUCAGGGCAAAUCUGGAGUAUCAAAGACAAGAAAGCUCCCGGGUAUUUCAAAUCAGUUUCAUUCCGGAGUACGGGAACCAAGUUGGAUAGUUUUCUUCCUGGUCUCAAGUAUGCAUACACUAAAUUUGACCCUGUGAAGAGUACUUGCAAACACAAUCGAGGUAACUGUUCUGGAGAUGAAAUUUAUCCUGAUGGGAAUUCAAUUAUGGACUUGACUUUUGAGCUUUCUUUGAGAAAUUUGAAGGAAAUUAGUUUAUAUUCAACAAUGGCUUUUGAGAUUCCUUUUGUGGAGAAAAACUCUAACGUUAGCCAAAACCUUUGGAAUGUGAGCUAUAGAAUAAUCUAUACAUCCUUGAAUUCAACUACAGGUCUGGGUGAACAUAAGCAUUUCUCAGCAGAAGGAACCUAUAACUCCGCAAUGGGGACAUUUUGCAUGGUUGGCUGUCGGCUUCUAGAUAAUUCACCGGAAACUCCCAUGGACUGUGAAAUUGUCAUUAGUAUCCAGCUAUCUCCUUUAAACCUGUACAAUGGAGAAAGGAGACAUGUCAAUGGGACUAUCAGGAGCACUAGAGAAAAAGCAGACCCUCAUUUUUUUGAGCCUUUAGAGCUCUCAUCAAACAAUGUGUAUCAAUCUGAAGCAAUCAAGUCAAUGUGGAGAAUGGAUAUGGAGAUAAUCAUGGUGAUGGUCUCUCUCACACUUGUAUGUGUUUUCAUUGCGCUUCAACUCUUCUACGUUAAGAAGCACCGAGACGUGAUCCCAUCGAUAUCCGUCACAAUGCUUGUUAUUACGAUGCUUGGAUAUAUGAUCCCUCUAGUUUUGAACUUUGAGGCUGUAUUUGUAAGGCGUCAAAAUACGACGAAUGUUCUUCUAUGGAGUGGGGGGUGGCUAGAAGUGACUGAGGUUAUGGUGAGAGUCAUGACCAUGGUCGCUUUCUUACUGCAUUUCCGUCUUCUUCAGUUGGCUUGGACUGGGAAAUCUUCAGAAGAGGGCAGAAGAGGCCUGUGGAUAGCUGAAAGCAAAACUUUCUUGCUGUGCCUUCUGCUGUAUUCUUCUGGAGCCAUAGUUUCUUGGUCCAUUCAUAAAAGAUCUAAUUACCCUCGAGUGAAGAGCUUCGACUAUAAUCCUAAUCAAAAUUGUUUGUUGAUGGAUUAUCUACGUUCUUACGCUGGCUCGAUAGUUGAUGGCUAUCUGCUUCCUCAAGUUAUUCUCAACAUAAUCUCUGGCUCUAAAGAUAAGGCUCUCACCCCUCAAUUUUAUAUAGGGAUUACUUUGAUUCGUGUAAUGCCUCAUCUUUAUGUUCCUUAUAGAGCGCAAAACUUUGCCCAACAUCUCAAGUCCUCGUACAUUUAUGCUAACCCAGAUGAAGGCAUUUACUCCUCUGCUGGGAAUAAAGUAAUUCCAGUAACAAGUAUUCUCUUCGCGGUCCUGAUAUUCUUGCAGCAGAGACUUGGCGGUAAGUUUCUUAUUCCACGGAGAUUCAGAAGGCGUUGUGGAUAUGAGACGGUUCCUGCUAUUGGCCUGGAGUCUUACGGGGACUAUGGGCACCUUCGCUAAGUUCAUCAGGGUGAUUUUUACUUCUUUAGAUUGAUACUCUCCAUGUGUUUAUCUCUGUAAAAAUAAAUUGAACGGAAAUUGUUGUGUUUGCGGGGCUAUGCUUCGAUAAUGGUUGAUUUUUAUUUGUUUGUGUGUUUGUGUAUCGAGUAAAAUUAAGUGGGUAUACUCAAGGAUAAUGAAGAU